AUGCCCCGCCACCACGCGGGAGGAGAGGAGGGCGGCGCCGCCGGGCUCUGGGUGAAGAGCGGCGCGGCGGCGGCGGCGGCGGGCGGGGGGCGCCUGGGCAGCGGCAUGAAGGAUGUGGAGUCGGGCCGGGGCAGGGUGCUGCUGAACUCAGCCGCCGCCAGGGGCGACGGCCUGCUGCUGCUGGGCACCCGCGCGGCCGCGCUUGGCGGCGGCGGCGGCAGCGGCGGCGGCCUGAAGGAGAGCCGCCGGGGCAAGCAGGGGGCCCGGAUGAGCCUACUGGGGAAGCCGCUCUCCUACACCAGUAGCCAGAGCUGCCGGCGCAACGUCAAGUACCGGCGGGUGCAGAACUAUCUCUACAACGUGCUGGAGAGACCCCGCGGCUGGGCGUUCAUCUACCACGCGUUCGUUUUUCUCCUUGUCUUUGGUUGCUUGAUUUUGUCAGUGUUUUCCACCAUCCCUGAGCACACAAAACUGGCCUCGAGUUGCCUCUUGAUUCUGGAGUUCGUGAUGAUUGUCGUCUUUGGUUUGGAGUUCAUCAUUCGAAUCUGGUCUGCGGGUUGCUGUUGUCGUUAUAGAGGAUGGCAAGGAAGACUGAGAUUUGCCCGAAAACCUUUCUGUGUUAUAGAUACCAUUGUUCUUAUCGCUUCAAUAGCAGUUGUUUCUGCAAAAACUCAGGGUAAUAUUUUUGCCACGUCCGCACUCAGAAGUCUCCGUUUCCUACAGAUCCUCCGCAUGGUGCGCAUGGACCGAAGGGGAGGCACUUGGAAAUUACUAGGUUCAGUGGUUUAUGCUCACAGCAAGGAAUUAAUCACAGCUUGGUACAUAGGAUUUUUGGUUCUUAUUUUUUCAUCUUUCCUUGUCUAUCUUGUGGAAAAGGAUGCCAAUAAAGAGUUUUCUACAUAUGCAGAUGCUCUCUGGUGGGGCACAAUUACAUUGACAACGAUUGGUUAUGGAGACAAAACUCCCCUGACUUGGCUGGGAAGAUUGCUUUCUGCAGGCUUUGCGCUCCUUGGCAUUUCUUUCUUUGCACUUCCGGCCGGCAUUCUUGGCUCAGGUUUUGCAUUAAAAGUACAAGAACAGCACCGCCAGAAACACUUCGAGAAAAGAAGGAACCCAGCUGCCAACCUCAUUCAGUGCGUUUGGCGUAGUUAUGCAGCCGAUGAGAAGUCUGUUUCCAUUGCCACCUGGAAGCCACACUUGAAGGCCUUGCACACCUGCAGCCCUACCAAGAAAGAACAAGGGGAAGCAUCAAGCAGUCAGAAGCUAAGUUUUAAGGAGCGAGUACGCAUGGCUAGCCCAAGGGGCCAGAGUAUUAAGAGCAGACAAGCGUCCGUAGGUGACAGGAGGUCCCCGAGCACCGACAUCACCGCCGAGGGCAGCCCCACCAAAGUGCAGAAGAGCUGGAGCUUCAACGACCGAACCCGCUUCCGGCCCUCGCUGCGCCUCAAAAGUUCUCAGCCCAAACCGGUGAUAGACGCUGACACGGCGCUUGGCACUGACGACGUGUACGAUGAGAAGGGAUGCCAGUGUGACGUAUCCGUCGAGGACCUCACCCCACCGCUUAAAACUGUCAUUCGAGCUAUCAGGAUUAUGAAAUUUCAUGUUGCAAAACGGAAGUUUAAGGAAACAUUACGCCCCUAUGAUGUAAAAGAUGUCAUUGAACAAUAUUCUGCUGGUCAUCUAGACAUGUUAUGUAGAAUUAAAAGUCUCCAAACACGUGUUGACCAAAUUCUCGGAAAAGGGCAAAUCACAUCAGAUAAGAAGAGCCGGGAGAAAAUAACAGCAGAACACGAGACCCCCGAUGACCUCAGUAUGCUCGGCCGGGUGGUCAAGGUGGAGAAGCAGGUACAGUCCAUCGAGUCCAAGCUGGACUGCCUGCUCGAUAUAUAUCAACAGGUCCUCCGGAAAGGCUCUGCCUCCGCCCUCACUUUGGCCUCAUUCCAGAUCCCACCUUUUGAAUGUGAACAGACAUCUGACUAUCAGAGCCCCGUGGAUAGCAAAGACCUGUCCAGUUCGGCGCAGAACAGCGGCUGCUUAUCCAGAUCGGCGAGCGCCAACAUCUCUCGAGGCCUGCAGUUCAUCCUGACGCCAAAUGAGUUCAGCGCUCAGACUUUCUACGCGCUUAGCCCUACUAUGCACAGCCAAGCAACACAGGUGCCAAUGAGUCAAAGUGACGGCUGCGCAGCGGCGGCCGCCAGCAACCUUGCAAACCAAAUAAGCGUGGCCCCUAAGCCAGCAGCCCCAACAACUUUACAGAUCCCGCCUCCUCUCCCAGCCAUCAAGCAUCUGCCCAGGCCGGAGACCCUGCACCCGAACCCCGCAGGCUUACAGGAAAGCAUUUCUGACGUCACCACCUGCCUUGUUGCCUCCAAGGAAAAUGUUCAGGUUGCACAGUCAAAUCUGACCAAGGACCGUUCUCUAAGGAAAAGCUUUGACAUGGGGGGAGAGACUCUGUUAUCUGUCCGCCCCGCGGUGCCCAAGGACUUGGGCAAAUCUCUGUCGGUGCAAAACCUGAUCAGGUCGACAGAGGAACUGAAUAUACAGCUUUCUGGGAGUGAGUCAAGUGGCUCCAGAGGCAGCCAAGAUUUUUACCCCAAAUGGAGGGAAUCCAAAUUGUUUAUAACUGAUGAAGAGGUGGGUCCCGAAGAGACUGAGACAGACACGUUCGAUGCCAUGCCGCAGCCUGCCAGGGAAACCGCUUUCCCGUCGGACUCUCUAAGGACUGGAAGAUCGCGAUCAUCUCAGAGCAUUUGUAAGGCAGGAGAAAGCACGGAAGCCCUCAGCUUGCCUCAUGUCAAACUGAAAUAAGGUCUCCGUAUUCCUUCUAGCAAAGCAGUUCCUUUAGCCAUACAUAUCGUUGCAUGAACUAUUUUGAAAGCCCUUCUAAAAAGUUGAAAUUGCAAGAAUCAGGAAGAACAUGAAAGGCAGUUUAUAAGCCCGUUAUCUUUUAAUUGCAUGAAAAUGCAUGUUUAGGGAUGGCUGAAAUUCCAAGGUACAUCAACAUUAACCCACUCAUUUAGUAACGUACCUUGCGUUUAAAAUCCUGAGAAACCAAACACUGCUAACGCUAUGGGGUGUGUGAAAAUGUCAAGAUUAGGUCACUUAGAAGAUUUGACUCUUGUGUUUUGAAAUUAUGGGAGUAAACAACUUCAAAUUUCAGGCAUUUCUGCUUUGUGAUUAAAUACAAAAUACGUUUUCAAAAUUAGGCCAUAAUGUAUAUGUAAACACAAUGGCUACCAUCAACCGCUGCUAACAAGGUAUCGAGUAAAGCAGAACUUGGGAAUCAUAGAAAUGGCUGCUUCUUUCAAGAUAUCUGCCAACCCAUUCCUAUUCAGUCAUUUUAUUAUUGAUGUAAUUUGAAUGUCAAUCUGUGUGCUUUUGGUGAUUCAACGCUGUGGCAAGCAAUUUUGCACAUCAUUUCCAUGUUGUCCUUUAUGAUGAGAAUGUUCUUCAAUUAGAACGCGUGCAAAUAAUGAAAUUCAGGGCCAGUGGGGCAAACAGACUAUCUGACACAUGUGACUUCACGGGAACAUAGUCCACAAUGGCUGAAUCAACUUUAUACGUGGUUGACUUCUACACACGCGAGUACAGUACUGAUGAGUAGAAGGACCAGGGCUCUGGGGCUGAUCUCUCUGCAGUGGCGUCCCCCCAACCCCCAACCCCGGCUUGCCAGGACUGCCACAGGGAAGGGGGAAGUGUGAGAAACCAUUCCCACUAAACUGGUAAUACAGGCAGGAUCCCCGGGAAUUAGACAUUUGGGUAAGACUGAGAUGAGCACCGCUUGAAAAGAAUCCAGACCCAACACCAGGAAAUAGGUGAAGUUAACGAAAAUAGCUUUGCCCUCAGAGGGCAAUGUGAGGAAGGAAAAUCAAACCAAAAUAGAAUAACUUGAUCUUUUUAGAAAAUGAAUAUUGCGAGGGAAUUCGACUACCUAAACAUCCCUUAUUCUUAUAUAUAAAUGGAGAAUUUUGCAACGUGUUUAUUUUUUACUAUGCCCUGAAUGUUUUUUGCUAUUAACCUAGUACGUUUUGCAUAUGGAAGGCUGUAACUAAACUUCCUUUACUUUUUUAUACUGUAGCGAAUGUUUUCUAUGCUCUCCCAAGAAUGUUGCCCCAAACCUCAAAUUAGGGGUUCUGUUUCCUGGUGUGCACAUUCACAGUUAGAAGCCAGGUACCCCCGGUAGGGUCUGCAGAUCAGAAACACUUACAUCAUAUAGCACAGCAGCAAGGACCCAAGGGAAGCAAAACCAGAGAGGCACUCACCAGAAAGCAAGCCCCGCCCACUGCUUGUUGGAAACCUGUCCAGUGUUCUCAGAACUUCAGCCAAGGUCAUGGCAUUCAAAAGGCAAGGGGGAGCCAGAGAGCCCUUCAGUUCAGUUCCAGUCCAGUCACAGAAGGACUUAGGGAAGGAGGAGUUUUUUUCCUUGGGACAUAGUGCUUCUCCAAAAAAAACCUUCAGCGGCCAGGAAGACAAAGCAGGGAUAGCAACUGGCUGUUCCAAAGGCAGAAGGAGGCCCUGAAAUCCACCCAUCCUCCCCAACUAUCUCCCCAACUGGUCAUCUCCAAUCCCCAACCCUCCUCCUACCUUUCUUCUCCAUUAACUUCUCAGUUCCCUGCCACUGUUUUGCUCCUGAACUUCGCCAGGCUUUACCCAGCUUCCAUCCCCAAGUAAACCACUUCUCCGCUCUUCCUCAGAUAGGCUUCUCAACCUUCAAAAAUCCUUGUCCCUUUUGAUAAACACUGAAAUUUUAAACAUCUCCUCUUCUCAACCUACCUGGAUUCUAGCACACUUCCCUGGAGUGUAUCAUUCAGCGUCUUCUUGGCUGCUGGAGACAUGCAGAAGUUAGGGUCUAAAUUUUACACUCCAGUCAAAAAAAAAUUUUAUCAAGCUUUUAAAACAAUGACUUUCGUUUUUGAAGCACAGAAUUUUAGUAAAUUAUGAAAUGCAAUUUUUCACCUACUAUGUUUCCACUCAACCUGAACUUGUGAUACACCCUCCCAAGGAGGUUGUACACCACACACACACGCACACGUGCACACACACACAAACACACACAUCAUUCCACUGGCUUAGAGCCAGAAACCUGCCAUGCACUUGGCAGGCUCUCUCCAAUUUUCAGUUGAGGAAGAGGAGGGAGGCAGCAACUUUCAGGUAGCACUGAUUCCUGGAUAUCCCCUGUCCUGGAUCGAACCCCACUGGCAGCAGGAAUUCUGAAUGUAUUGGGGACCCCUCCUUAGGCCUCCGACACAGUAUAGUUCAUCCAGCAUUACUGAAGACUGAAGAUUCAGAAACAAACCCCAAAUGCAUCACUGAGGUCUUAAUCAUAGCAAAAUGUGAUAAACCAUGAUGUGAAAAACUUUUAUACAUUGAAGCCAUGACUAUUUUGUGUCUAUCUCUUACUCUAGCACAAAAACUCUUGGAUGUUCGGAGAUAGUUGUACUGUAUGAAAACUGCAGGGUUUUGUCUGUUGUGUUACUCUCUACAGAGUUGAGAGGGGUCUCCCAUUUACACUUAGCGAAGUCCCAUUGGUCAAGGCCAAAUGGUGUCUUGAAGCACAAUUUAGCUGAGCACUGAGCAGCCACGUGCUUUCUCAGUUCAAGUUUGUCUGCCUUCAAUAUGUAGGGCUGAUCAAGCUAAUGCUUACUAGCAAACAUCCCCUUAUAUGAGGUUGACUAAAAAUAUUGCUGUGUCUGGUCUAAACGUUUGCAUUUUGUUCAAUUAAAUUAAUUAUCUGUGGGUUGCCAGUUUUGUUUUAAGUAAGAGACACUUUAUUGAGUUUUUAAGUCUUUAUCUCCUGUUCAAAGGUGCCUUUCUCACCUCCCAUUGACUCAGUGAUUCUGAAAGUUCACAAUUUGCAGGUGGAACAAGUCUAAUAGAGAGGAGGAAAUCAGGCACAGCGACUAAUUCUCAUGCCCAUUGGCAAAGCAAAACCACAAGAAAGGAUGAAACCUGAGCAACUAAAAUUAAUGGAUCACUUUAUCCAACCCGACUGAGAAAAUGUCAGAAACGUUAACUUAUCUCCCCAGAAGCUGAUAUUUUUUGCCUUAAAUGACAUGGUUGUGUUUUUGCAAGAGAAACUUAAUAUAAUUACGUGCAUUUUAAGUGAGCAGUUCUAAAAGUCAAGUAUGACAAUACAGUUGUCUGUUCCUGAGAACAAAUCAAUCAGGAAUUUCAUACCCAUCUCAAGCUAUCAUUGAAAUGUAAUCUCCUUUGCUCUCUUUUACUGGGCUCAUUUGUUUUAAAGUAAAACAUUAAAAAGAUGUCUACAAA